GAACCAAGUGGUUUAUGAAAGGCAGAAAUGGCCCACUGUUGGAUGGAUAAGGUCAGUGUAAAAUUGAAGGAGAAUCCAAGGAAAAUUGAUCAAUGUAUAAUAUCAAACGACAAAAGAUCACCAACCAGACUGGACUAGCUGGCAAGGGAGAUGUCUUACGUUAUUCCAGUCAAAGUAGUUUAUGAUCCAUAUCAAAGCCCAUAUUCCCAUCAUGAUAAUGAACCUCCAAGGACAGUUUCGCCUCAGCGGGAAUGGAUCCUUAGUCCACAGUCCCGUCGAAGGAGCAGCCCUCCAAUGGCACCUCUCUCUCCGCCAAGAAGUGAGAUGGCUAAAACUGCUUCACCCCAGAGAGGAAGUGACAUCAACCGGAGCACCUCCCCCCACAGAGGAAGUGAAGCUUCCCAGGGCACAAUUCCCCAGAAUGUUUAUCCUCAAAGAGGAAGGGUAAAUGAAGCUCCCCGAAGAUCUUAUCCCACAGGUUCCUCCUCACGGAGAGGGAGUGAAGUCCCACAGGGUACUGCUAAUUUUCAGAAGGGUAGUGAGGCUGCCCAAAGGCUGUCUUCUCCAAGAGGAUUGAUCCCCACUUCUUCAAGCCCUUCUUCACGGAGAGAGAGUGAGGUUUCCCAGAUUUCUUCGUUUCAGCAACCAAAUGACCCAGCACAGAAGAUUCCUCCUCAGAAAGGAAACAAUGCCACCAGGAGUGCCUCACCAUACAAAGGGAUGGAGGUCCCACCAAAUGUCUCACCCCAUCGAGGAAGUGACUUCUCUCAGAGUACUUCCUCAAGGCGAGGGAGCCAAUUUAACCCGAAUGCUUCACCCCAAAGAGAAGCCAACCUUCCACAACAAGGAAAGGCAGCAGUCCGAACCAUAUCUCCUCAAACUGUCAUGGAAUCUCGUAGAAAAUACUCCAUCCAUCCUGGCCAGGUUAAAAUGACAGCUAGUCGUAUGCUUAUAGCAAUGAAGCACAGCCUGAAUUCACAAAGAGAGGAGAUGUGCCAGAGACUCCGAUCUGCAUCAACUGCAGAGAAAUCGGAAAUGGAGAAUAAAUACAUCCCAGUGUGGAAUGACUCCCUCCCACCAAUUCCCCGAUACGUUGAAAAACCUGCUAACCGCUUAAAGGAUGCAUGGACUCAAACAUCUAAGAUGACUUCUCAGUUAGUGGCUGAACAAGGACAGCAAUAUACAUCCCGAACCCCAAAGAAAUUAAUGGGUAAACAUGUUUCCAGUCCAAAAGAUAAAUGUAUUCAAACAGAAACUAUUUACCAAGACCCCUUCUUUUCAAAAAAGGAGACCCCUCAAUUAGAGAUGUGGACUAGAACAACCCAAACCCCACUUCCUGGAGCAGAAGCUAGGUCCAAAGCAUCCCCAGUGCCAACUGUCGUCGUGUCUUCUUAUUCAGAAAUUAAACCAAAUUAUAAGUGUGCUUUCGAUGCAGAACGUGGAUCAGAUUAUAUGAGGCCAUUCUAUCAAGAGAUGGACACAGUCCGCAAACAUUCUCUCUCUCCAAGGUCUGAGUUACUUCACCGAACUUCUCUCUCCUCAGAGGCUGAGAAGAGAAAGAACUCUCUCCUAACAUGGACUGAACCAGUGUGCCAGCAUGCUGUACCUACGGAGCUUGAUGUGAGGAGGAACCUCCAAACAAGACAGGAAUUGACCCAGGAAACCAAAAGGCCUGUCAUCCACCCAGAGACCGAGUCUGAGUAUCGUUGUCAGCUCCACCAAGAGAUGGAGGCCAAGGACUUCACACCUGUUCUUUCUCUUGGAGAUGAGUUACUCUCCUGGAUCCCAGUUUCUACCUCAAAUACGAACAUCAAAGAACAUUACCCUAUUCACAAAGGCUCCCUACGGCAAAAGAAAGAAGUAAGAAGAUACCAGGAGAAGAAAGCAGUACCUUACUCAACUCACCAGGAGCCCUUGUGGCCUGAAUCUCUACCAAGUGACCAAAAUGCACUCCUCCGUAAACCUGCUUUCCAUCCAGAGAGUGAAUCCGAGUAUAGGUGUAUGCUGCAUCAACAACUGGAAGCAACCCAGAAGCAGUUCUUCACACAAGGAGCUGAGCUCCUGCCUCAGAGGAACUUGCUCACCAGCAGGCCUGAAACCACACCCAAGGUCAUACCUGAAUUUCACCCAGAGAAUCUUGACACCACUUGGCUGGCUGCAGUGAAUAUUGACAAGGAUUUGAAGUGCUCUCUUCAGCCCGAUGCAGAAACAAACAUCAGAGACUUGCCACACACCAAGGUUGCCAGGACCUGUGGAAUCUUACCUCCGCGCUGUCUAGAGAAGUUUGGACCUCAAUCACCUUGGUGGUCUUUACUUCAAGCAGACACCAGCCAUCUGUUUCCACAGUCGAAGAAGUGCACCAGUCAACCAGCCCCAGACUGGAUGGAGACAUACAGAAGUUUCUCAGUUCCAGAACCUAGGGAGCAUUGCACUGCCCACCUAGCUCCAGACUGGCGAGAGAGACACUUCAGUGGGCCAGCUCAAGAACAUUUAUUGGACAAGCCAACUAUGGAGUCAGAGGCAGUCUCGGAUUUCCCAUCUGACUGUGUUACAGUCCCAAGGAAAAAGAAGGCAGUGGUGACAAUGCGCUCAGAAAAACCACCUACUUCCUUGGCUUCCCAGCGUAGAGGCCAAGGACCAGAACGUGCAAUCUACAACAGUGAGGCUGAUGACCUCCUCAAGUUACAGAGAGGGAAGUCAGUUGCCAGGUUUAGUGCUUUCUUUGUGGAUGUCUCGGACAAGAUGUAUACUGACAUUCUCUGGUGGCUGAAAGAUGAAGAGGUAAGAGAGAGAGAGAGAGAAAUUAUCCAUGUAAUGAGCUCUUCACUACUGUAACAUUUUGGGAGAUUUACAAACCCAGCUGGAUUUGGUUUCACCCCUAUUCUAUCCCCACUUCUGUU